UCUGAGCUACUCUUUUUCUCGAGGCUGCGCAGCCGAAAACGAUUUUCUGAAUGUUACGUUUGUUCCAAACUGCCAAAUACAAUGUGGAUAGUAACGUGGAGUGUUUGGAGCACUGUCCUUUUCUCCUUGGUUUCUAGCGAGCGGCAUCGAAGGCCUGUAUUUGCGUGUGGCGGAAAUCUUACAGGAGAUACGGGGUUCAUUGGGAGCCAGGGGUACCCUGGUAUCUACCCGUCUAAUAGCAAAUGUGUCUGGAGAAUUACGGUGCCUCGGGGCCAAGUAGUGUCCCUCUCAUUCCGCGUACUCGACUUGGAGAAUGACAGUCUCUGUAGAUACGACUAUGUGGACGUCUACGAUGGAUACGUUAACGGGCAACGCCUCGGCCGUUUCUGCGGCACAUCCAGGCCCAGUGCGCUGGUCGCCAGCGGUAACAAAAUGCUUGUGGUCAUGGUGUCAGAUGCCAACACGGCUGGGAGCGGUUUCCUGGCUGCGUACGCAGCCGUUCAUCCACACGAAAGAGGGGAGCGCUACUGCGGCGGCCGUUUGGAUGAGCCCUCCGGAACCUUAAAGACCCCUAACUGGCCAGACAGGGACUACCCCGCGGGCGUGACGUGUUCGUGGCACAUCGUCGCACCCGAGAACCAAAUCAUAGAACUGAAGUUUGAGAAAUUCGAUGUGGAGAGGGAUAACUACUGCCGCUAUGAUCACGUAGCUGUUUAUAAUGGGCCAGAGACAAUCGAGGCUCGGAGGAUUGGCAGGUUCUGUGGAGACAGCACCCCUACCCCAAUCUUUUCUGAAGGCAGCCAACUCUUCAUUCAGUUUGUCUCCGACCUAAGUCUUACAGCUGACGGCUUCAUAGGCCAUUACCUGUUCAAGCCCAAGUACUCGAGCAUCACACGCUCUUUCCCCACCACCACUCCAGCCACUCUCACUACAUUGCCCAUGGCACUCACAUAUUCAGAGGCUCUCUGCAAGCAGAAGUGCAGGAGGACUGGAACAAUUGAAAGUCAUUAUUGCUCGAGUAACUUUGUGAUAACAGGCACGCUCAUCUCAGCGGCCAUGCGGGAUCAGAGUGUGCUUGCCACCUUCUCCAUCACCAGCCUGCACAAGGAAGGAAACCUGACUGUGCAGCAGGCCGGCAAGGCUAUGAGUACCAGAGUCGUAGUCCUCUGUAAGAAGUGCCCUCUAGUCAGGAGAGGCCUGAACUACAUCAUUAUGGGCUACGUUGAUGCACUGGGAAAAGGCAUUGUAUCGCCUCAUAACUUUGUGAUGGCCUUCAAAACCACAAAACACAGGGACCUGGCUGUGUUGAACAACAUCCGCUGUUAAUUGUAGGAGGAGGCCAUCAUGGAUUUUGUAGCCUCAAUGCUCUCGUGCUGUUCAUAUGGACAAGGACUAGUUUUAGAUAUUAUGCUUGUGAAAGUUCACCAUAAAGAAAUGAAGAAUCAUUAAUUUAUUAUAUUUUUUUCUGCAUUUGGAAAAAGACUGAGGUCUUCACUUUUGAAUAUUUCCAGUGAAAUGCAAGUUAGCUUUAACUACAGUGUAUUUUUAUUUAUGUGUACUGUUAAUUAAAACUAUAAAAUGUCUGACCUGAUCACCUACAUGUACCCUAAAUUAUGAUUUUUAAUCAUGAGAUUUGCUGUAAUUUAUUCCUGGACUGGAGUCAUUUCAUGUCUGUAAGACUGCCUUUUAGUCAUGUUUUUUGGGUCAAUAUUUCUUUGAAAAUGUUUAAAUACGAGAUAAUUUUCUAAAAAAA